CUAAUCCUCUUCCGUAGUUCAGAUGACGUGUGUCUGCUACAUAUGCAUGUACUACUUUAAGUGGGAAAAUAUUUAAAAGUCUCCAAAUUUACUCCUCACCAGAAAUAGAUGAGAUUUAUUCCAUUUUCCGAAAUAUUUUUUUUUAAGUAUUUUUCUUCAGUUUUUCAUUGUUUCCUAAUGCAACCUGAAUUCUUCAGUUUUCUUCGAAUUUACAAUAAAUAUCAAUAAUAUGUACAAAAAGAAACAGGCUUUAAUCGGACCAUAUGCAUAUAUAUAACGCAUUAAGAAAAAAAAAAACGAAAAUAAAUUUGAACCACAUUACCCAGAAUGCACCGAGCGGGGUUAGAGGUUAUUUAGACAUGAAUAGCGUAACAGCUAGGCCACGAGCCUGUUCUUACAGCUUACAUUGGACCCUUCCCCUAUUUAUUGAGCAACAUUUGUUAUCUUUCUGCCACGUAUCCGGGACAGUGAAUGAGCGACAGCGGCGCUGCUGCUGCUGCUGAGCGGGAAACACGACCUGCUGCCGAACAGAGCAACCAGCUGGUCCCGCUCGACUGCUGCGGAGGUCUGAACAACGUCGACUAUUCCAAGAUGGACUUGAUGCCGAUUGAAGAAUUCACAAGACACGUUAACUUUCAUGACCCAAACCUUUCCAUCGCAGUGAUUGCCAUCAUAUUCAACCCUCUCUUCUGGAAUGUGGUGGCACGAUGGGAGCAUCGCACUCGGGGCCUCUCCAGGCUCUUUGGCGGCCCCUACGUGGCCUGUUGUGGUCUGGCAAUCGUCAUCAUUCUGCUCAACGUUUUUAGGAGCCACAGUAUGACAGUGGUGAUGAAGACCCAGGCCAGAUGGGCGCUGAUGGAGCGGACGGAUGUUUUCUACGCCGGGAUCUCCCUUAUAGUGAUGGGAACGGUUCUGGUGGUCAGCAGUUUUCUCGCUCUGGGCUUCACUGGGACGUUUUUAGGCGACUACUUUGGCAUCCUGAUGGAUGAGAAGGUGACCGGUUUCCCCUUCAGCGUCGUAGAGAACCCGAUGUAUUGGGGCAGCACAGCCAACUACCUCGGCCUCGCGCUCGUUGGUGCCAGUCCUGUUGGGUUAGUCCUUACUGCCAUGGUGGCCCUGGCUUACAAAGUGGCCAUAACAUUCGAAGGACCAUUCACGGAGCAGAUCUAUCUGCAGAGAAAUCAGCGCCGCAAACACGAGUGAUCGCAUCCCUCACCUGCUGGUGGGGCGGCUGAGGAUUCCCAUCCGGGCGUGUGGACGGACGCACACCGGCUGUAGGCGUUGAUGGACCGCUUAAGCGGAAACGCAGGGAAAUGUGUGUUGAUGCGACUUAUUUCUUAAAAUGAAUCAGGAAGCUUAAAGCUGCACAAAGUAAUUCUUAUAGCUUUUACUUACAACUCUGGAAAAAAUGAAGAGACCACUGCACUGAGUCCCAUUGAAAACCUCCUGGUUAUUCCACCAAAUAUUGAUUUCUGAACUCUUCUUGAGUU